AUGAUCUUCGUCAAGUCUCUGCUCACCAUCGCCCUGCUCUCUCUUGGAGCUUGUGCUGCUCCCCAGCACCCGCAACAGGUCCUGCCGCUCCUGCACUUCCAGCUCAACCCGCAGGCAACAAGACUGCCACUAACGGCGUUGGAAGCACUCCCGCACAACCAAGCUGAGGAAAUCAUUGCCGCUGCUGUGAAAGAAGCCAACACUGUCAUUCCCGAGAACAUUGCCAUUGUCGACCCCAGUGGCAUGCUGGUCGCUUUCCACCGCAUGGACAACGCUUUCCCUGGCAGCAUUGACAUCAGCAUCAAGAAGGCUCGCACUACUGUUCUGUUCAACGGUGCUUACUCGACCGCCGAUCUGACCGCAGCCGCUCAAGCUGAUAAGUCUGUACAGNGUGUUGAGGAGACCAACGGUGGUCUUGUUGUCUUUGGAGGUGGUCUCCCUCUUUACAAGAACGACUACCUUAUCGGUGGUAUUGGUGUCAGCGGUGGCUCCGUUGACCAGGACGUUCAGGUCGUCAAGGCCGCCGUCGCUUGGUUCAGCAACACUACCCUGGCCGCCUACUAA